AUGACGACAAUGCGACAACAUGGCGUGACAGCAGCACGCCCCAACUCGCUCUUUGCGCUUCGAUCAGGCUUCGUCGGCCUCGCGCGAAUUCUCUCCUUGACACUCUCAACAGCCUAUGCUGCGCCGAUAGCCAGCCUGGGACAUGGCGGCGGUGGCAAUGACGAGCCAGACGCUGGAGGCGCAAGCCUGGGUAUGCUCUAUUUGGCUUCUGCGAUCCUCGUCUUGUCCGGCGGCGCAUUUGCUGGUUUGACUAUUGCUUUGAUGGGGCAGGAUAGCAUCUACCUCCAAGUGAUGGCCGGCGAUGCCACCGAACCUCAGCAAAAGAAUGCCAAACGGGUCUACCACCUUCUCGAAAAGGGAAAGCACUGGGUCUUGGUCACACUGCUCUUGGCCAACGUUAUCGUGAACGAGACCCUUCCCGUCGUACUCGACCGAUGUCUCGGAGGCGGCAUUGCUGCCGUCAUCGGCUCGACCGUUCUCAUUGUGAUCUUUGGUGAGGUUGUUCCUCAGUCUGUCUGUGUUCGCUAUGGCCUCCAGAUUGGAGGUUACAUGUCCAAACCCGUCCUUGCGAUGAUGUACCUUACCGCCCCCAUCUCCUGGCCGAUCGCCAUCCUUCUCGACAAGAUCCUCGGAAAGGAUCAUGGCACCGUAUACAAGAAGAGUGGGUUGAAGACCCUGGUGACCCUGCACAAGAAUCUGGGCGAUAUGUCUCAGCGUUUGAACCAGGACGAGGUCACCAUCAUCAGCGCCGUGUUGGAUCUGAAGGAGAAGCCAGUGGCCAAUGUCAUGACCCCCAUGGCGGACGUUUUUGUCAUGGCAGAGGACACUGUUUUGGAUGAGAAGACCAUGGACAUGAUUCUUUCGGCAGGCUACUCGCGCAUUCCCAUCCACGAAACUGGGAACCCUACCAAUUUCGUCGGUAUGCUUUUGGUCAAGAUUCUGAUCACCUACGACCCCGAGGAUGCCAAGCUUGUCAAGGAUUUCCCACUCGCUACCCUGCCCGAGACCCGGCCCGAGACCAGCUGUUUGGAUAUUGUCAACUUCUUCCAGGAAGGCAAGUCCCACAUGGUUCUCGUUUCGGAAUACCCUGGUGAGGACCACGGCGCAUUGGGUGUCGUUACCCUUGAAGACGUUAUUGAGGAACUCAUUGGAGAGGAAAUCAUCGACGAGUCCGAUGUGUACAUUGACGUGCACAAGGCCAUUCGUCGUCUUCAGCCUGCUCCCAAGGCGCGCGUCCAACGUCGCCAGUCUGAAGACCAAGCAGGCCGCUUUGCGGAACAUAAUGGACUCGUAGAUCACGGCGGCGACUUGAUUCAGUUUGACACUACUGGCACAACAUCUUUCGACUCACCCGCGCUGUCUAGCAGCCCAAAGCUCGCCACUCUCAUGAUGCGCAGAAGUUCAGCUGGCAGAGAAGGGCACCACAUGACAGUUCCUGUUCGGGCCAACUUUGAAGACAUCAGACAACAUCUGAAGCAUCUUGGCCCCUCCAAUCCUGCUACAAACCCCAGAGACACAAAGUCCACCACGGUCAAGAUCAAGCCUGGCACCGGUCUGUUACACACGGCCGGCCGUUCUUCUUCUGUCGCCGAGGGUGCGAUUGAAGAGUCGCCGCUGGAACAUGUGCGUGAGCAUGCCGAGGAGGAGGAAGGAGACGAGACGACGAGUCUGCUGAACCCCCAAGUUACUGGCAAGGACGGCAUUCAGGCUCUGCAGCAAACCUACGGUGCCACCAGCCCCGUAACCGUGCAGCUCGCUUCGCCCAUCAACGGUGUACCUACUCUUACGCUCGAAACACCAGAUCAAGCCGACAAGUCCAGUAUGCAAAACACAAAGCAGAGUCCAACAGAAUCCACCUCUGCUGGCCAUCGGUCCGUCUCUAGCGGGGAUAGUACCCACAGCGCACGGAACGAUGUUGGCAACCUGAUUCCCGCCAAGCCCUACGUCCGCAGCGGAAGCAUCACGGAGAACAUCGUUGAGUCUAGAGGAGUUAGGAAGGUGGUUCUUGAAACUACUAGUUCCAAUGACGAGGAUGAGUUUGCCGUGAUUGGUACUUCUCCGGAGCAGCCCAAGAGCAGGAGUACGUUUGGGUUAUUUGGGAGGACGGAUGCCGCCAUUAAGAAUGAGGGUGCUGGGGAGGAGGAAGAGGAGGAGGAGGAGGAGCUUUUGUCACCAGAGACUGGAGAGGAAGGGACGAGCAAGGGGGCCGAUGUUGCUAAGGGGAACGGUGCUCUAGGGACGGCGGCGGGUGGGCCAAGUAGUGGUGGGGGAGGGGCGAAGAAGAAGAACAGACGCAAGAAGCGCAAGGGCGGCAAGUCGUAGGUUGACGGGCUGGUCGAGUACUUUUCUGUGUACUAGUAGUGUUCAAUGGGGAAGCGGAGGAGGAUUCUUGAGGUAUGUGUUAAUGGAAUAGGUGGGAAUGAAAUUAGCAUAU